AGUUCAUGCCCCAGAAUGACAAUGCUGUCACCAAGUUCUUAUCCAUAUGAAAACCAGAGAACAGAUUAUCUACUUUGCUGUAAAUGGGAAGGGGCUAUUUAUUUAGCGGGCAUAGGAGAUUUUUGUUGUGUUUCCCUGUGUGGUUAUCAGUUUCAAGGAGUCCUUGAAAUCUGUUUCUGUAACUUUGCAAUGUUUUAUGCUAUACCAGUACAUGGAGAAGGAUGUUUCAAGGCAUGAUAUCCAGAAUCCUGAUGUAAUCCUUCUUACUUAGAGUAAAAUAUUCUUAAAUGUUCUGUUAAAUUUUGGAGCGCUUUUUGCUACUCAACAAAUGGGUUUCUUUCUUCUCCAGUGAGAGGGGGGAAAUAAUUUUACUUUUACUUUCAUAUCUUUAUCAGGAAAAGGUGAAAAAGAAGAUGCAGGAAAGCAAGGGGAUAGGAGCAGUGAGCCCAUCUUGGCUAGUCUUCUCUUCUUUGGCAAUGAUCUUAGAACUGUUUUUAAGAGUUCCAGAACUGCAGAGGGAUGUGGACAAUGUCAUGAGAAAUGGGCUGUCAUUACCAGGGAAUCUUUCUGGGACAAAAAUCCAAUUAUUUUCAGCAAGAUCCAGGGAAGUCAUGCUACCCCUCUAUUCUGCCUUGGUCAGGCCACACCUGGAAUACUGUGUCCAAUUCUGGGCACCACAAUUGAAGGGAGAUGUUGAUAAGCUGGAAAACGUCCAGAGGAGGGCGACUAAAAUGAUCAAGGGUCUGGAGAACAAACCCUAUGAGGAGCGGCUUAAAGAGCUGGUUUCUUCCAGCUAUACAUGGAGUGCAGAGAAGCAGCCACACCUAUACACGGAGUUUCCCUGUGAGGCUGAGAGCCCUGCAGUCUACCUGGGCCAAUCAGAAGAAGAAAGCCCCUUACCGGCUCUGUGUUCUAUGAAAUGAAGUCUGGCCUUGCAGAAGUUGAAGUUGUUCAAAAUUGCCUCCUGACAGCAGAUCCUGUUGAAAUUUCAGAGGGGGGGGAAUACAUGAAAUACUUCAACUUUGAUAUGAUGUCAUGCAGAGACAGCUUAAAAGUUUCAAAGUUCACUUACCGCUUAUUUUCAAUACUGGGAAGCCAUAAAUAAUAAAUGUCCAUGUCUCACUAAUAUGUUGCCUUUAUACAAGCUCCUUCUCGGCAAUCGAAGACAGAUGUUUCUUAUCUGAGAGGCAAGCAUCUCUUUCUUCACAUCCUCAGUUGUUAUCAUGGUUUAAAGAUUGCAACAGACAUACAUCUGUUUUGCCUUCUUUCUACCUUUUUCUGUUAUAAACAACUAAAAUGCCAAUAGGAACCAUACAGGAAAUAUGUCUUCUCUGCUGAUUUUCCUUUCCCUUGAUAUCUCUUUCUUUUGAAUCUCAAGGUUUCAAAUUAAUUUAUAUGAUUUUUUUCUUCCUUCUUUCCCAACAGAACAUGAUAAUAUAUUAGCAGUACGUUAAAGUGUGAAAAGAACACAUCUACCUUACCCUUUGGCUAUGGAAGAAAAAGUAAAUUUAGCACAUCAAAAGCAAAUGCUGGCGGACCUAAAACUAACCCUCCCCCACACACUUUACCAGCCAAAUAUGAGUGAAUAUGGAUUUCAGAAUCACAUUUGAAAAGGUUAUGGUCCAGAUACUAAAACUGUAAAUUUAGUCUCAAUAAAAUACUAGACAUGUUGGUCUAGAUUCAGCUGGUAGAGCUACUGAAUCAUUGGCUCAUCUCACCGAUUCAAUGCAUUUAUUCUAUUUGGGACUACCAAUAAGCCUUACUUUGCCAGAAAAUUACCAUGUUCUGCAAUUCUAAACUAUGAGUUUUCAAAAUCGUUCUACACAAAUCUGAAAAGAUGAACUCUGAGACUUGUUUAAACAUUAUCAUGGAGAAUUUCAGCCUUUUGCUCUUUAUGUUCAUCCAGAGGGAAAUACAGCCUUUUAUCCAUGCCAUCAUUACCUGAACAUCGUGAGCUGUUUUUUAAAAACUUGUACUCCCUCCCUUUACCUAAGGGAAUUUUUUUUAGAAGGCCUUAGUUUAUUUCUGUAUGUUCUAAUGAAGUAUGUUCUAUUUGAGUAUUGAUGUUUCUCUAGUUUCAUUAAACAACCUGAACAUUAAUCAAUCUGUUCAAAGUUAGUUGAGCCACAAAGUUCAAAUUGUUUUCACUGGGCAAAACACACAGCUUCAGUAAAAAGAGUAGAGUAAUAGUGCAACCUGAGAAAUCAUAGUUUUGCAAGUUACAUAAAACUAUGACACCCAGAUAAAGACAUCACUCUUUUGUAGCCUAUUAUCCUUAUACAGUCAGUCAUCUAUACUUAUAAAUUCCACCACUCACAACUUGAAAAUAUUCUAUUUUUUAACCAAAAAGCAAAUGUUGAUUUUACCAUUUUAUACAAAGAAUACCAUUUUACUAUGCCACUGUAUAUAUUGGAACUCAAGCAUCCAUGGAUUUUGGUAUCCAUGGGGAAUCCUAAAACAAACCUCAGUUGUAACCAAAGGAUCAUUUUAUUUUAUAAGAUCUUAACAUAAGAUUAAUUAAACCCAAUCCCCUAAUGCCAUCUUUUUUUCCUUGUGAAUAAUGCCUUAUUUAGAUUGUAACCCUGAACACAGGGCCUGUCAAAUCUUCUCACACUCUUGACCACAAAGUGGUCACACCGUAGUAGGUUCAUGCUGUGUUUUGGGGGGGGGGGAGGAACAUAGUGCAAGGAGGUAAUUGAUACCUCUCUGACCAGCAUACAUAGAAGUACAUAUGCAAGAGCCCUUCUACACAGCCAUAUAAUCCAGAAUAUCAAGGCAGAUAAUCUACAAUAUCUGUUUUGAACUGGGUUAUAUGAGUCCACAUUGCCAUUGUGGCUGCUCUCGUAGUCCAGGGACAAUCAUCUAGUUUUUAAUGUCAACAAGACCAAGGAGCUCAUAGUAGAUUAUAGGAAGAACAGACCCGACAUCCAGCCCUUGGUCAUAAAUGGAGACUAAGUGGAGCAGGUUGCCAGUUUUAAGUUUCUGGAUGUCACUGAGAAGGAGGAUCCGACCUGGGGCACCCAUAUGGCAUCAUUAAUUAAGAGGGCCCAGCAGAGACUGUACUACCUGAGACUCCUAAAGAAUCACCAACUAAAUGAAAAACUGCUGAUGACUUUCUACUACUGCACUAUAGAGUGUCCUAACCUACUGCAUCUGUGCAUGGCUAGGUAGCUGCACAUUGACGGCGCUCCAAAGAGUCACCACUUCUGCACAGCGAAUCAUUGGUUGACCUCUUUCCUCUUUGGAAUAACUUUAUAAUUCCCACUGCCUUAAGAAAGCUCAGAACAUUCUUGGGGAUCCAUCUCACCCGGCAUAUUCUGUUUUUGAAUGAUUGCCAUCUGACAGAUCGUACAGGGUGACAAAGACAAGGACAAACAGACCAAAGGAUAGUUUUUUAUCCUACAGCUGUUGCUAUGUUUAAUUCUGUGGUUUUACAUUGAUAUAGUAUUGGGGGCUAUGUAGUGGUGGUGAGUUUAUAGAGGGAUGGAUGUGUUGUUUUGUGAUGUGUGUGCGGGAAGGCAUGUAAUUUUGUUGUGGAAUAGCACAAUGACAAAUAAAGCUAUUCUAUUCAUAUAUUCCAGUUUAAUAUGGAUUUUAUAAAGCUGUGUGGAAGGGGCCCAAGUGUAAACUAACCAGCCUGGCCCCUGAUUCCAGAUUUUUUAUAUUAUUGUGUUUUCUUGGCUAACAAUUUUGUGAUGGACAUCCCUUUACUUCUUCCUUCCUCAAUAUCCAUGCUUGAACACCAUGUAGAAUCUAGGCACAUCCUUUCAUAUCAUUACAAAAAGCACAUAAAGAAUAAAAUUGUAAACACCUGUCUAAUAUAAGAAGCCCAGUCUGUAUAGACAUGAUUCAGCUAAAUCCUCCGGUAAUGAUGGGGAAAUGGAAUAAAAGUUAGGACUGUAAUAAAAGCUAAUACCAGAACCCAAAGGAGAAUAAUUAUUAUUACAAUGUUGUAGGCACUUAAUUAAAUAUAACAUUUUACUAGUACAUUGGUCAUUUGUUUUUAGUAAAAUAAAUACUAGAGAUCUUUUUAAGGAAUGAUUUUAAGAUUACACUAACUGAUUUCUUCCUAAAAUAUAUAUUUGGCAAAAUAUUAUCCGGCAAAUUUGUUGGAGAAAAGUAAUGCAUUAUAGAUAACACAGAAAUGAAGCUAAAAGCCAUUCAGACAAUAUGUUAGUUUAUUUUUCAUUAGGAAUAGUUGGAACUGUGUAAAAAUGCUUUACAUGUAAUUAUUCACAAAAAUAAACCAGAUGAUGGAAAUUAACCUCUAAUGGGCUCAUGUCUGCAUUCCAAGUUUG